AUGAGCCUCCCCGCACGCUUCAAGCUAGUCUUCUUCACCCCAGCCUCGGCCCUCCCCGCCGUCAAAGCCGCAAUCUUCGCUGCUGGCGCCGGCCGCUACCCAGGCCCAGGCAAUUACACCGAGUGCUGCUUCACCCAGCCCGGCAUAGGCCAGUUUCGCCCCGGCGCCUCUGCCAACCCCAACAUUGGCUCUGUGGGGAAGCUCGAGGAGGUCGAGGAGCUGCGCUGCGAGACGCUGUGUGUAGGCGAGGACAUUGCGCGCAAGGCCGUCGAUGCUCUGAAGAAGAGUCACCCAUACGAGGAGCCCUCCUAUGAGGUCUACAAACUCGAAGACUUCUAG